CAAGGUUGAAGCAUGGAGCUGCGUGUGGGAAAUAAGUAUCGCCUGGGCCGAAAGAUCGGCAGUGGGUCCUUUGGAGACAUCUACCUGGGUGCCAACAUUGCCUCUGGCGAGGAAGUGGCCAUCAAGCUAGAAUGUGUGAAGACGAAGCACCCGCAGCUCCACAUCGAGAGCAAGUUCUACAAGAUGAUGCAAGGAGGAGUGGGGAUCCCAUCCAUCAAGUGGUGCGGGGCCGAGGGAGACUAUAAUGUGAUGGUCAUGGAGCUGCUGGGGCCCAGCCUGGAGGACCUCUUCAACUUCUGUUCCCGGAAGUUCAGCCUCAAGACGGUGCUGUUGCUGGCCGACCAGAUGAUCAGCCGCAUCGAGUACAUACACUCUAAGAACUUCAUCCACCGGGAUGUGAAGCCCGACAACUUCCUCAUGGGCCUGGGGAAGAAAGGCAACCUGGUGUACAUCAUUGACUUCGGCCUGGCCAAGAAGUACCGAGAUGCCCGUACACACCAGCAUAUUCCCUACCGGGAAAACAAGAACCUGACCGGCACUGCCCGCUAUGCCUCUAUCAACACCCACCUGGGCAUUGAGCAAAGCCGUCGAGAUGACCUAGAGAGCUUGGGCUAUGUGCUCAUGUACUUCAACCUGGGCUCCCUGCCCUGGCAGGGCCUCAAAGCAGCCACCAAGCGUCAGAAAUACGAGCGGAUUAGUGAGAAGAAGAUGUCGACGCCAAUCGAGGUUCUCUGCAAAGGCUACCCCUCCGAGUUCUCAACAUACCUCAACUUCUGCCGCUCCCUGCGGUUCGAUGACAAGCCCGACUACUCCUACCUGCGCCAGCUCUUCCGCAAUCUCUUUCACCGGCAGGGUUUCUCCUACGACUACGUCUUCGACUGGAACAUGCUCAAAUUCGGGGCUUCCUCGAGCCAGGCUCAGCCCCGAGACAACGAAGCUCUUGCGCCACCCUGCCCCCGCCCUUGGCCCUGCGCUGGCCCCACAUACUCACCCACUUACUGGUGCCCGGCGCCCCUGGGCACCCAAGGACCCCCAGAUAGGCCGGUGGAGGAGGAGGUGGAGCAGCUGCCCCCUCAAAGAUACUGGCCUAUGGUCUGGACUCCAGGGCCCCAGUUCUGAUACCACCAGGGUGUCUCAGCCAUCUCUGCCAAGCUUGAGGAAGCGUCCUGCAGGAUAGCAGGGUGAUACCCUGUCCCAAAGAGGUGGCUGUCCAGUGGAAAGGUUAUGACAAGAGGCCCUGCAUAGGAUCCUCAAGAGUAAACCAACUGCCCAAGGGCCAGGACCAGCCUGAAGAAGAAAUAGUGACCGCCAGGGAGGGGUUGGUGGCAUGUCACAGGACCUUGCUCCAUCUAGACCCCAUUCUCGGCCUAUGUAUCGAUUCUGAGCUCAUUAAACACUUCCUUGUCUUCGUUCACGUGUACCACCUCUCUUUUCACAGAGCGGCCUUUGGCCCGCUCCAUCCAGUGUUAAGAACGAACAUACAUAGGCCUUGUCCUCUGGACACCAAGAUGGGUACAUUGAUUUUAGGCUUUUCUUCUCUUGGGGCCCAAACAGUGGCCUGGGCCUUUCUCUAAGGAAGCCUCACAGGCUGGGGACCUUGGGGACAAACCUCUGUGGCUUUUAUCUCUGGGACUGGAGUGGAAGGUGGUCAGCGAGGCUCCUUCCAGUGCAGAGCACAUUGGCCAAGGGCCUGGUUGUACAUCUAGCUCUUCCUAUGACCGGAUGUUCAAGGCUUGGGGCACCAGACACGUGCUACAGAGAAUUAUCCAAGUCUGAUUUGGAGAAGGACUUUGACCCUUCUCAGUGAAGCUCAAAGGAUAGACUUUGUAUUCUCUAGACCUGGGCAUCCCUCUGUCGUAGCCCCUGGCCACACAGUGCUGACUAAAGUCAUUGGAAACGGAUGCUAGCUUCUCAGUCACCAGAUCUCACAGAGAAAGGGCGAGCGAGCGGCUGCUGCAUCAGUGUGACAACUGGGACCAUUUGUCCUCCGGGAGGUUCUGUAGACAGCUGCAGGAGACGCUUCCUUCAGAGUGCCCCUUGUGUGAAUGGCCAGUUUGACAAAGUUUCACACCAGGCCAGAUACACCCUCCUGGUCCAGUCGCUAGUACCGUCAUGCCCUUCCUGGAGUCUCUCUGGAGGAAGUAGACUCUAGAGUUCAAAGCUGGACAGCCUUGGCCUCCGCCUUGUGUGACCCUGUCACCGUGUGGCCAGCUUCAUUGCCAAGACCAUCUGCAGGACACACAGCAGAAGCUUUCACAACCCUCACCCCAAGACCAGGCCUUCCCACCUGCUCUGCAGUAGAUAAGCCAGCAGUAGGACUCUGCAGACAGGACUCCGUGAGCAACAGACCGGAAGGAGCCACUUGACCUUGGAAUGACCUCCCGUGUUCCUCCCCAGAUGCUUCUGUCUGAGAACACAACCACUAUUCUAGUCAUGAGGAGGCUCCAUACAGUGAAGUCUGUAAGAUGGAGCUAGACACUUGUGUGAUUUUGGCACUGGCUUCUGUGUUUUCUUGUGGGCAAAUAAAGGCCAUGAAAACU